AUGACGCGUCGCGUAAAGUUAACUCAAUCCGCCACUGGCGGAUUUUCAUGGCUGGUGGCCGUCGCCGCGACGGCUCUCGUCCUCGUCUCCCUCGUUGGAGAUAUGCCCCUGCCGUGCGCUGCAGUGAAUGCACAAGCAGCAGGGCGAAGGCCGGGGGCGAAGCAGUACAUCGUGCAUUUGAGAUCCGUGCCGUCAGUGCUGUCGUACCGGGGAGGGAUCAACGGGCUGAGGGCCACAGCGACUGUAGACGAUGAAGAGGAUGAGUAUGACGAGGAUGAUGGGGAGGAGGGUGAUUUUCCUGGUGAUGAUGUAUCAGGAAAGGAUUCGUUCGAUGAGGAUAUUCUGUCCGCUGCAGUGGCCGCUGCAGAGGCAGCAGUGGAGAUCGGCGGAGUGGUGGGAGCAGGAGGGGAACCAGGGGAAACGGGAGAACCAGGGGUAGCAGGCGUGGCGGGGUUAGCAGCAACAGCAGCAGCUGGUGGGAUAGGCGGACGGUUGGGAAAGAUAGUGGGAAUUAGCGCACUGGCGUUUAGAGAGGCAAGGAUGGGUGAUCUGCUGCCUUUGACCAAUUCUUCUCAAAUUUCACACAAUGCUGCUGCUGCCGCCCUUAGCUCCAUUCGUGGCGUGAGCUCCGCGUCAGCAUCCACGUCAGCAGCAGCGGGAGCCACGUCACCCGUGCUGACAGCGCAGCAGCUGAGCGUGAGAGCGGCGCGCAUCAUGCGCACCACGCCCUGGGGCCGCCUCAUGCGACCCGACGUGCGGUUACCGCAUGUGCAGGCCUUCACGCGCUUCCUGGAAGCUUCCCACCGCAGCCUGCUGCGAUCGCUCAACAUUCCUGUCUCUUCCAUCUUCCACAGCUAUUCCUACCUGAUGAACAGCUUCGCAGCGCAGCUCACUCCAGCGGAAGCUACGAAACUGCGCCUCCACCCCGCAGUGGCAGACGUCGAACCAGACAGAAUAGUGCGCAUGACCACGGUGCAGUCUCCUGAGUUCCUGAAGAUGGAUACGAGCCUGUGGCCGGCUGCUGGUGGGCAGAGCAGUGCCGGGGAGGGAAUCAUCAUCGGAGUGAUAGAUUCGGGGAUUUGGCCCGAGCACCCCUCUUUCUCCGACCCGGACCCCAACGGGGCGGCCUACACAGCCAAGCCCACGCGGUGGAGGGGCGUGUGCACCAAGACUGCAGACUUCCCAGCGUGCAACAACAAGCUGAUAGGCGCGCGCUACUUUUUGAAGGGCGCGGAGUGGACGUUUGGUAAGCUGGACACCAAGGAGGAGUACCGGUCAGCACGGGAUAAAGUGCAGCACGGCACGUGGUGUGCGGGAGCGGCAGCGGGCAACGCAGGGGUAACCGUGACCACGGGAGGUCGCAGCUACGGCACAGCGUCAGGCAUGGCCCCCCGUGCACGACUAGCAGUGUACAAGGCUUUAUGGAUCAUUGGGGGGUAUGAGGGCACUGGAGCCUCGUCAGACCUAAUCGGUGCGGCUGAGAAGGCUGUUGCUGAUGGCGUGGAUGUGAUCUCGUGCUCGUGGGGCGGCCUUGCUAUGUACUUCCAAGAUUUGCCGUACCUGCGAGGCCUCAAGGCGGGGGUGGUGACGGCCUUUGCAGCGGGCAACGAGGGCAAGCCCAACCCCAGCAGCAUCUGGGGCACCCUUGGGAACGUCUCGCCCUUCUACCUCACUGUUGGAGCAAGCACAAUGGGCCGGGAGUACAGAGCAGUGCUGACCCUAGGAGAUGCCACCACCUUCAAUGCUCGCAGCCUGGGCGGCACCUCUGCCACGGGCUCGGCUCUGCCCCUUAUUCUGGCUGAGUCUGCUCUGCUGUCCGGCGGAGAUAAGGCCAAGGCGCAGGAGUGUUACAGCGGGCACAUCAGCAGGACAGAAGUUUCCGGGAAGUUUCUCGUGUGCACCCUGCUCACGCGCAAAAUGGGGCUCCUGCUGGCAGACGCAGAUCUGCUGGGGGCGGCUGCUAUCCUCGUUAUAAGCGGGACGCACAAGAAAGACAAGCAGUAUCGCAUGCCCUUCACCAAAACACCCAGCGUCUUCCUCCUGUCCUCGAGCGGCAAAACGGUCAAGAGCUAUAUGCAGGCGGAAAGCAGCCCCACAGCCACUCUAUCCGCCUACACCGAGUCUCACUCCACCAACGCCCCGCAAGUCGCCUUCUUCUCAUCCACCGGGCCGCCCCGCAGCGCGCGCUACCCGCCCGCGCUCCUAAUCCGCGACUUCCCCACCAACGACAUCCUUAAACCCGACGUUAUGGGUCCGGGGUUCCUACUAUGGUCCGCGGCGCCGGGAAAAUCCGUCGCGACCGCCGCGACUGACGCGCCCGAGUUUAACUACUGGUCGGGAACAUCCAUGUCCACGCCGCAUUUGGCGGGAAUCAUGGCUGUAAUCGUGCAGGAGAAACCUCAUUGGUCACCCGCGCAGGUGAUCUCCGCGAUUACGACAACAGCGUAUACGAAGAAUAAAAACGGGCAGCCGAUUCAACGGGCGGAUGGGUCGAAGGCGAACGCGUGGGAUUACGGAGGCGGGCACGUGGAUCCCACGCGCGUGCUGGAUCCGGGGCUGACGUUUCACAGCGCGCAGAAGCAGUUUGUGAAUUUUCUUAUGGGGAGGGAUCCGCUGCGAGCGAAAAAACGGUUUUGGCGAAUGGGGAAGGCCCGCCCGAUUUUCCCGUGGAGCAUCAACCGGGCCUCGAUUGCGGUAACCAGGUUACACGGCGUUAUGGUUGUGUACCGGAAAGUGAAAAACGUCUACAAUUUACCGUCUAUUUAUACUGCUAAGGUGGACCCCCCACCUGGGUUUACCGUGAAAGUAUCCCCGAAGCAGAUGGUUAUUCCGCCGGGGAAGUCCAAGUUGUUUAGGGUUACCAUCAUUAGGUUUCUCCCUCUAAAUGAGUUUAGGUUUGGAACCAUUGUAUGGACGGAUCAACAUGGGCACUCUGUGCCUGUGCCUUUGGUAGUUAGUUCUCCCGUUUGGCCUUGA